CGUCGCCCUGUCGCCCACCCAUCCAUUUCCGUAUGAAGCCGAUUUGUGUUUUGACAUUAUUAUUCAAUAUUCUAUGGUUUUAUGUAGUUAAUUGAUUUACUAAGUUUAUUUUGUUAAAAGUUAGUUUUCUUUCAAGCCAAUCAACAUGACUUGGGGUUUCGUAACAUGCGGGCCUAACGAGGCGCUUGUUGUCUCCGGAUGCUGUUACUCAAAGCCGCUGCUGGUACCGGGCGGUCGAGCGUUCGUUUGGCCAGCCAUUCAGAAUGUGCAACGUAUUUCCUUGAACACAAUGACCUUGCAAGUGGAGUCGCCUACCGUUUAUACCAGCCAAGGAGUACCGAUAUCCGUUACCGGUAUAGCACAGGUGAAGAUUCAAGGUCAAAACGCCGAGAUGCUGCUCUCUGCGUGCGAGCAGUUCCUUGGCAAGAGUGAACAGGAGAUACAGCAUAUAGCCCUGGUGACCCUUGAAGGUCACCAGCGUGCUAUUAUGGGCUCCAUGACCGUUGAAGAGAUAUACAAGGACAGAAAGAUAUUCUCUAAGAAGGUGUUCGAGGUGGCUUCUAGCGAUCUCAUCAACAUGGGGAUUACCGUCGUGUCGUACACACUAAAAGACAUCAGAGAUGAAGAGGGUUACCUGAAAGCUCUCGGUAUGGCUCGCACGGCGGAGGUGAAACGAGACGCACGUAUAGGCGAGGCAGAGGCCCAAGCCGAGGCAAAGAUAAAAGAGGCGAUGGCCGAAGAACAACGAAUGGCCGCCAGGUUCCUCAACGACACUGAAAUUGCGAAGGCCCAACGAGAUUUCGAAUUGAAAAAAGCCGCUUAUGAUGUUGAAGUACAAACGAAGAAGGCUGAAGCUGAAAUGGCUUACGAACUACAAGCGGCGAAAACUAAGCAACGCAUCAAGGAAGAACAAAUGCAGAUUUCUGUUGUCGAGCGUACUCAAGAAAUCGCCGUACAGAAAUGGGAAGUACAAAGAAGGGAAAAAGAAUUGGAGGCCACAAUACGCAGGCCUGCAGAAGCCGAGAAGUUCAGACUAGAGAAGUUGGCUGAAGCUCAUAAACUAAAAACCGUUCUCGAGGCAGAGGCCGAGGCUGAGGCCGUCAAAGUUCGUGGAGAGGCCGAAGCUUACGCUAUCAAGGCAAAGGCAGUCGCUGAUGCGGAACAGAUGGCUAAGAAGGCAGAGGCAUGGAAGGAGUAUGGAUCAGCUGCUAUGGUCGACAUGAUGCUUGAGACUUUACCUAAGGUCGCUGCCGAAGUCGCGGCACCACUGUCUCAAGCCCGCAAGGUGACGAUGGUGUCUUGCGGCGGUGGUGAAGUAGGCGCAGCCAAACUCACCGGCGAAGUACUCAACAUCGUUCAAUGCAUCCCCGAACUGGUCAAAGGCGUUACAGGAGUCGACAUUUCUAAGGCGGUGGUCGAACCGCCAACAUUACCCACGCCAACUGCCCGCGGCGACUCGGCGAGAAAGCAGCGAUAACCGAACUCUUUCUAGUCAACUUAAUGCUCAUAAAGGGUGUUCGCGCACUUUAAAAGCUGCUUACUACAUAUACCUCCCUACCUGCGUUUAUUUUUAUUGGAAAUGUAACUACAUAUUUAAGAUAGUUAAGCGAUUAAUUUUAUUCGACCUAAGUGCCACUUUUGGAAUAUCCUCCUAAAAGAUACCAAAGCAAAAUUAAUGAAUUCUUACGUCAUUUAACUUUCACUGUGAUUAUGUUUUAUUUUAUCUUCGAGGCGAUUUGAAAUUAAGUAGUACAAGGUGAUAUCAAUAGCAAAUCAAUCAACAUAUACUAUACAGUACUUGAUCGUAUUUUAUUUUAAGCUUAAGAUAAACUUUCUUUCAAGACUGUACAAGAUCACGAACGUUUAUGAAGCUCACAUUUGAGUUAGCAUUUCUCCCAAGAAUUAGGGAGGUUUGCAUUUGUAAUUAUAUUUUUAAAAUUUACAUAAAUAACGGUGUGAUUAAUGAAAUACUAAAUGCCCUCCGAUUUCAACGAAAACUGUUCAGGCUUACUUUUUUUAAAGCAGGAAAGUGAUCGUGCCAGAUUUGUCUGCUAUUGAUAUUUCUUUGUGAAGUAGCAAUAAAUGAUGUAACGCUAUCAGUACCUGUGACAUACUUUACCAGCGUCUACGUCACCUCGACUUGUUAGCUUGUUACGUCUCGUUCGUUUCAAUGGCAGUUUUGCUCAGGUCAAUUUGGUUUGUCAUUCUCGCCACUAUGUUUAUCUAUGCGAUCGGCUGUUCACCGGUGGUCAGAAGCAUUGAAUUGGUCUAGUGACUUGUUUCUAAACCAUCGUCGUUGGCCCGCGUACCCAAAGUAUAAACCAGCCAUACUCAAACUGCAGCCCGUCGGGCCUUUGUGAUUGACCCACCUGGAUCAACCAAGCAUCAAGAGGUGACUACCGAACCCUAACAAGGUUGAGUAUGGCUGGUAUAAACCUUAGAUCUGUACGCAGUAUUUUUAUGAAAUCACUAUAUUGAAGAAAAUAAUUAUCUCAAGUAGGUACGUGACAAUAUAGCACAACUCGCCAGAAUAUAAAAUUAUUUUAAUCCCUUAGUAGGGCAAUUAAUAACAACAAAGUUAUUGGAGUGAGCGUACAUUAAAGAAAUUAACAAUUUAUGACCAAAACGCCUACUUAAUCUCAAGGUAGAAAAUUACAAAUGACUGUUAUACAAAAAUGAUACCUAUAUUUUUUUAAUUAGCUAAACUGUCGUUAGGGUAUAUGAAAAUA